AUGAAGGCUGUUACUUCCUGGAGCCUUGUGGCCCUCCUGCUGCAGGCCGCUGGCACUAACGCCGCGAUCCGGACCGAUCUCGGCGCCCGCAAUGUGCAGAUCGCGGAGAUGGACGGCACUGGUGUCCGCCAUGGGGAUCAGAUUGUCUUCUCCGACCCCCGCUCCGACUUCGAGGAGUACUUCCGUUGCGCUCCCGCGUCCGGCAAGCACCUCACCUUCAGCGCGUCUGGACGGUAUGCUGCCUGCUGCUACCCCUCUCAGCAGCUUAUUGGCAGCAUUGACACUGCCUUUGACUGCUGCGGUGAGGGCCACGAGCUCGCUGGCUCCAACAGAACUGGGUACCGCUGCUGCCCUAUCAGCCAGAUCUUCGAUGGCAAGGUCUGCAAGGCCCCUCAGCCUGUGUGUACUAAGGGCAAAGUGCUGGUGAACAACAAGUGCGUCUGCCCCGCCGGAUACUUCGAGAACGCUCUGGGCAACUGUGAGCGUACCUGCACCUCCGGUAUCUCCACUGGUAAGUUACAAUCACUGGAAUCUCCCAUCCUUUCAAGCAAGUGCUACACUUUCACCUGGGAGAACGCCGAGCGUCUCGGCUUCAACGCUGAGGGUUACUACCUCGCCGCUCAGGACGACCUCCAGCAGAAGUUCGGCAAGUUCCAGCUCUGCAAGGACGAAGUCUGCACGCCCAACCUCCCCGUCAACCCCGAGGACGGCUUCCGCAUCAAGGACCUGCACGGCAACCCUGUUGACGGCCAGCAGCCUGGGCUGUGGCUCAACAACGCCCACAACGGCGGCCAGAUCGGCAAGACCGUGCACUGGGACAAGGCGGGCGAGUUCUCCCUCACCAAGUGGCCCUGCGGCAAGUACUGCCUGACCGGAUACGACAACGGUCUGGGCGUUGCCUACCCCGCCCUGACCCCUGCCUUCACCUUCACGACCUAUGACCAGCAGUCGUGCAUCCCCAUCGAUAUCACCGAGGUGCCCUGCGACGUCCGUCACCCCAACAACAACUGCAUCUGGAAGAACGGCAAGGACCAGUGCUGCAACUCGGUGGAUUGCACCGCCCAGGUGUAAGUGAACAAAAAAAAAACAAAAACAAAAAACACACACUCACACUCACACUCACACUUAAUAAACGAAUGUAUUGUUAUUUGUAUGCAUGUUAUGGUGGACAAGAAGAGAUGAGCGAAUGAAGAGAAGAACCAAAGCAAGAUAUGAGCAAUGCCAAUAAUCGUUGAUGUCCUUUUUCUUUUCUGGCUUGUGUAUGAAAUUGAACUUGUUUUGUUGCUGCCUGCCUCCUUUUCUCGCUAUGAUUACUUCGUUCCAUGUAUGUAUACUAAGACUGGUUGAUAGGGUCUCUUUCAAAUAUAAUAACCCCGUGAUUCUGUUGAUCCUGGUGUUGGUGUCUCUCCAUCUUCUGUGGUGUCAUAUUUCGCCGUUUUUCUAUUUCGGUUGAUUCGACCGGGCGACUUUGAACCUUUCUUUGCUUUAUGUAUAAUGAAAUCAGAAUGCG